UCUCCCCUCAGCCUCUCCUCAGUUCCUCCCCAGUCUCUCCUCCGUCUCCCCUCAGCCUCUCCUCUCCCGCCUCCCUUUCGUCGAGGCCCAUGCCCCGCCGGGAGCUGAAGCAGAGCCCGGCCCGCCCAAGCGGCGGCUGCCCCCUCCUUCCCCGCCGGGGCGGGGGCGGUUGUCGCUUUCGCUUUCCCUGCCGCCGCCGCCCCGGCUCCGUCGGCCGCUGGGGGCCCGGCCAGGCCCGGGCCGGUGCAUGGGGCUGCGGCCGCGGGCCGCGCCGAGCCCGGGGAGGCCGCUGAGGCGCCGCGGAGCCCCGCGCCUCCGGGAUCCGGCCCGGCGGACCAUGCGCCUGGUUUUCGCCGUUGUGCUGGUCACGCAGCUGGAUCGCGUGGAGGCCUUGGCCUGCGGGCUGGGAGAGUAUCCCGUCGGGGCCGAGUGCUGCCCGAUGUGUGCUGCCGGACUUCGGGUUUUCAAGCAUUGCACUGCAAAUUCCAGCACGACAUGCAUACCUUGUGUUGAGGAUACGUACACAGAUCAUCCCAAUGGUUUAGAACACUGCAGGAAAUGUAAACUGUGUGAUAAAGGAGCCAACCUAGUGCCAGAGGUAGCAUGUACCUAUACGAAGAAUACCGUGUGUGGCUGUCUGCCUGGGUAUUUCUGCAGUUAUCUGGGGACCGAAGACUGUGAACUUUGUCAGCGCUACACUGUCUGCUUUCCUGGCAGUAUGGUAAAGGAAAGGGGCACAAAGACCACUGACAAUGUGUGUGAAGCCUGUCCUCCUGGAACCUCCUCAACAGCCAACAUGUCUUACAGUUGUAUACCGUCGCCCACAGUUAAGGAGAAUGGCCGGGUACAAGGAGACGACAGCAACCCUUCCUCAGAUCCCUCUGUUACAGCAAUUGUUGUUUCUGUUGUUGGAAUCGUGCUAGUUGUUGCAGCUGCCCUUACAUAUAUCUGGCAAAGGAGGAGAAGGAAAAAUUACGUGCCACCGGUGCAGGAAUCAGGGGAGUUGGAGCCUGAUUUGUCACCAGGUGGCAGCAUGGGAAAAGGAAAGACUUCAUGUUCCUUUCAUUCUGGAAAACAUCGGAAUCUCUCUUCUUUUCCUAAGUGGAGAAAAAGACCGUCUUGUACAAGCCUCCCUAGGUGACUCUGUUCCUUUGAAAAUAACUGUAAAGUCAUUGCAGCUGCUGAAGAAAGUAUGAAACCUCAGUGCAAUGAAGAGGCCUACAUCUGACAACAAAAAACAGGAGGAUGAAAUUUCUAAGCAAAAAUGAAGCUGGCAAAGACUGUCUUUGUUCUGUUACUCUAUUUGCAGUAAACUUGCCUUUUUGCAUUAAUAGUCUUGUAUGAUAGCUGGACCACUGUAAGUAUGAAUAAGUGUUAUAUGUAAAAGAUACUGUGCCAGAUUCUAUCCUUGAAUUUGUGAUAUCGUUCAUAUUGGCAAUGAAUAGUUUGUGUUAUUUCUUUUUUUGCCCUUCAUAUGUUGUCUCUUGGAUUUUACAUUAAAAAGUUCCUCCUCAAA